GCCCAAGCCACCGAUGCUCCCUCUUGAGGAAUCGGUAAAAGGGCUUGAUGAUUUACCUUCUUUUCUUGUUAAAGAGCAAAAUUAGGACUUAGAACUCUCCCUUUUGAAGUAGAAUUUCCAGAUCUGCUCUGUUUUCCUCUCCCUCUGUCCGUCCGCAAGCUGCAGCUUGUGCGAAUUUCUGGGCAUUUUUCGUUUUCAUGAUUUCUUCUCCAGUCUCCGUUGGCCUCCAUACCUGCCAGCUCCGGUUUUGGCUACUGGGAAUAUUCUGGUAUGUUGAUGGCAUCCUUAAGUCCAAAAAUGGUUAAUUAGUUGCUGUUUUGGCUGGAUUUUGUCCAUGUAGUGGUUGCUCUGUGUUGUUCGAAACCCUGCCGGAAAAUGGGAGAAUUCCGGUAGCAUUAAGCAUGAGUUUUUCUAGCUUAAUUCAUGUAGAGUUUUCUGUGAUUGGCUGCUGUUGGAUGGCAUGAUUGGUGAAUUAUGAUUUUUCUGUUAACUUUUGCCUGUUUUGUCUCCGAUAUGGUCAUGUUAUUCAUGUGCCCACUAGUGGGAGGUUUAUAAACGCUAGCACAUGUCGACAUGUUACUAAUAGAACCGGUUCGUUUCUGUUAUCCUGCUAGUGGGAUUAUACACUAGUAAAUCGUGUGCCUAUCAGUGGGAGGUUUAUAACACUGGCCAUGGCCUAUAGAGGAGAUGUCUAUUUCAUUCUCGUACUGUAUCCGUUUUUCUGAUUACACUUGUUGGCAUGCUAUGAGUUUAAUUACGGGCUAUCCAUAUGUUACUUACUGAGUUAUCUCACCUCAUUUUUCCUUGCCUACCAUUUCAAGUAAUGU